AUGGCGACACGGAGCAGCAGGAGGGAGUCGCGACUCCCCUUCCUAUUCACCCUGGUCGCGUUGCUGCCGCCCGGGGCUCUCUGCGAGGUCUGGACGCAGAGACUGCAAGGUGGCCGCGCGCCCUUGCCCCAGGACCGGGGUUUCCGCGUGGUGCAGGGCGACCCGCGCGAGCUGCGGCUGUGGGCGCGCGGGGAUGCCAGGGGGGCGAGCCCCGCGGGCGAGAAGCCGCUCCGGACGCGACGGAGCGCUGCCCUGCAGCCUGAGCCCAUCAAGGUGUACGGACAGGUCAGUCUGAAUGAUUCCCACAAUCAGAUGGUGGUGCACUGGGCUGGAGAGAAAAGCAACGUGAUCGUGGCCUUAGCUCGGGACAGCCUGGCCUUGGCGAGGCCCAAGAGCAGUGACGUGUACGUGUCUUAUGACUACGGAAAAUCAUUCAACAAGAUUUCAGAGAAACUCAACUUUGGUGUGGGAAAUAGCAGUGAAGCUGUGAUCGCCCAGUUCUACCACAGUCCUGCAGACAACAAGCGGUACAUCUUUGCAGAUGCUUAUGCCCAGUACCUCUGGAUCACUUUUGACUUCUGCAACACUAUCCAUGGCUUUUCUAUCCCAUUCCGGGCAGCUGAUCUCCUCCUCCACAGUAAGGCCUCCAACCUCCUCCUGGGCUUCGACAGGUCUCACCCCAACAAGCAGCUAUGGAAGUCUGAUGAUUUUGGCCAGACCUGGAUCAUGAUUCAGGAACACGUGAAGUCCUUCUCUUGGGGAAUCGACCCCUAUGACAAGCCAAACACCAUCUACGUGGAACGACAUGAACCCUCUGGUUACUCCACAGUUUUUCGAAGUACAGACUUCUUUCAGUCCCGGGAAAACCAGGAAGUGAUCCUUGAGGAAGUGAGAGACUUUCAGCUUCGGGACAAGUACAUGUUUGCUACAAAGGUGGCGCGUCUCCUGGGCAGUCAGCAGCAGUCUUCUGUCCAGCUCUGGGUCUCCUUUGGUCGGAAGCCCAUGCGAGCAGCCCAGUUUGUCACAAGACACCCUAUUAAUGAAUAUUACAUCGCAGAUGCCUCAGAGGACCAGGUGUUCGUGUGUGUCAGUCACAGUAACAACCGCACUAAUUUAUACAUCUCGGAGGCAGAGGGGCUGAAAUUCUCCCUGUCCUUGGAGAAUGUGCUCUAUUACAGCCCAGGAGGGGCCGGCAGUGACACCUUGGUGAGGUAUUUUGCAAACGAGCCAUUUGCUGACUUUCAUCGCGUGGAAGGGUUACAAGGAGUGUACAUUGCUACUCUGAUUAAUGGUUCUAUGAACGAGGAGAACAUGAGAUCAGUCAUCACCUUUGACAAAGGAGGAACCUGGGAAUUUCUUCAGGCUCCAGCCUUCACAGAAUAUGGAGAGAAAAUCAAUUGUGAGCUUUCUCAGGGCUGUUCCCUCCACCUGGCCCAACGCCUCAGUCAGCUGCUCAGCCUCCAGCUCCGGAGAAUGCCCAUCUUGUCCAAGGAAUCAGCCCCUGGCCUCAUCAUUGCCACGGGCUCAGUGGGAAAGAAUUUGGCCAGCAAGACCAACGUGUACAUCUCUAGCAGUGCCGGGGCCCGGUGGCGAGAGGCGCUUCCUGGACCUCACUACUACACCUGGGGAGAUCAUGGCGGCAUCAUCAUGGCCAUCGCCCAGGGCAUGGAAACCAAUGAGCUGAAAUAUAGUACAAAUGAAGGCGAGACCUGGAAGACGUUCAUCUUCUCUGAGAAGCCCGUGUUUGUGUAUGGGCUCCUCACAGAACCCGGGGAGAAGAGCACUGUCUUCACCAUCUUUGGCUCAAACAAGGAGAAUGUCCACAGCUGGCUUAUCCUCCAAGUCAAUGCCACCGAUGCCUUGGGGGUUCCCUGCACAGAGAAUGACUACAAACUGUGGUCACCGUCGGAUGAGCGGGGGAAUGAGUGUUUGCUAGGGCACAAGACUGUUUUCAAACGGAGGACCCCCCAUGCGACAUGCUUCAAUGGAGAAGACUUUGACAGACCCGUGGUUGUGUCCAACUGCUCCUGCACCCGGCAGGACUAUGAAUGGUUCGUUAUUCAAUUCGGGGCAUCAAGUUGUAUUUUUUUUCACUCAACAGACAUGGUCCCAUCCCCCGAGGACAGGAAUAGAAGGAAAUAUUUGUCCCUAGAAGUGUGUGUUCCAGACCCAGAAUUCUCCGGGAAGUCCUACUCCCCGCCUGUGCCUUGUCUUGUGGGCUCUACCUAUCGGAGAACGAGAGGCUACCGGAAGAUUUCUGGGGACACCUGCAGUGGAGGAGACGUUGAAGCACGACUGGAAGGAGAGCUGGUUCCUUGUCCCCUGGCAGAGGAGAACGAAUUCAUCUUGUACGCCAUGCGGAAGUCCAUCCACCGCUAUGACCUCGCCUCUGGAGCCACAGAGCAGUUGCCUCUUAGUGGGCUUCGGGCAGCUGUGGCCCUGGAUUUUGACUACGAACGGAACUGCUUAUAUUGGUCUGAUCUAGCGUUGGAUAUCAUCCAGCGCCUCUGUUUGAAUGGGAGUACAGGGCAAGAAGUGAUCAUCGAUUCUGGCCUGGAGACAGUGGAAGCUUUGGCCUUUGAACCUCUCAGCCAGUUACUUUACUGGGUGGAUGCUGGCUUCAAGAAGAUUGAGGGUAUGUGGUUUAUCCCCAUUUUGACCAGGGUCAUGUUCUGGACCGACUGGGGGGACCUGAAGCCUGGGAUUUAUCGGAGCAACAUGGAUGGCUCUGCUGCUCAUCGUCUUGUUUCAGAGGACGUCAAAUGGCCCAACGGCAUCUCUGUGGAUGACCAGUGGAUCUACUGGACAGAUGCCUACCUGGACUGCAUUGAACGGAUCACUUUUAGUGGCCAGCAACGCUCGGUCAUUCUGGACAACCUCCCGCACCCCUAUGCCAUUGCUGUCUUCAAGAAUGAAAUCUACUGGGAUGACUGGUCACAGCUCAGCAUAUUCCGAGCUUCCAAAUACAGCGGGUCCCAAAUGGAGAUCCUGGCAAGCCAGCUCACAGGGCUAAUGGACAUGAAGAUUUUCUACAAGGGGAAAAACACUGGAAGCAAUGCCUGCAUGUCCAGGCCCUGCAGCCUGCUGUGCCUGCCCAAGGCUAACAACAGCAGAAGCUGCAGGUGUCCAGAGGGAGUGUCCAGCAGUGUCCUCCCUUCUGGGGACCUGAUGUGUGACUGCCCUCGGGGCUAUCAGCUAAGGAACAACACCUGUGUCAAAGAAGAGAACACAUGUCUUCGCAACCAGUAUCGCUGCAGCAACGGGAACUGUAUCAACAGCAUCUGGUGGUGUGACUUUGACAAUGACUGUGGAGACAUGAGCGAUGAGAGAAAUUGCCCUACCACCAUCUGUGAUCUGGACACCCAGUUCCGCUGUCAGGAGUCUGGGACAUGCAUCCCACUCUCCUAUAAAUGUGACCUUGAGGAUGACUGUGGAGACAACAGUGAUGAAAGUCACUGUGAAAUGCACCAGUGCCGGAGCGACGAGUACAACUGCAGCUCUGGAAUGUGUAUCCGCUCCUCCUGGGUGUGUGACGGGGACAACGACUGUAGGGACUGGUCUGAUGAAGCCAACUGCACAGCCAUCUAUCACACCUGUGAGGCCUCCAACUUCCAGUGCCACAACGGGCACUGCAUCCCCCAGCGGUGGGCGUGUGACGGUGACGCAGAUUGCCAAGAUGGUUCUGACGAGGAUCCGGUGAACUGUGAGAAGAAGUGCAAUGGAUUCCGCUGCCCCAAUGGCACUUGCAUCCCAUCCAGCAAACAUUGUGACGGACUGCACGACUGCUCCGAUGGCUCGGACGAGCAGCACUGUGAGCCCCUCUGCACUCGCUUCAUGGACUUUGUGUGUAAGAACCGCCAGCAGUGCCUGUUCCACUCCAUGGUGUGUGAUGGGAUAAUCCAGUGCCGCGAUGGAUCAGAUGAGGAUGCCACCUUUGCAGGAUGCUCCCAAGACCCCGAGUUCCACAAGGUCUGUGAUGAGUUCGGUUUCCAGUGUCAGAAUGGAGUGUGCAUCAGUUUGAUUUGGAAAUGUGAUGGGAUGGACGACUGUGGGGACUACUCUGAUGAAGCCAACUGUGAAAACCCCACAGAAGCCCCAAACUGCUCCCGCUACUUCCAGUUCCGCUGUGAGAAUGGCCACUGCAUCCCAAACAGAUGGAAAUGUGACAGGGAGAACGACUGUGGAGACUGGUCUGAAGAGAAGGACUGUGGAGAUUCACAUAUUCUGCCCUCCCCCACUCCUGGGCCCUCCACGUGUCUGCCCAAUUACUUCCGAUGCAGCAAUGGGGCCUGCGUGAUGGACACCUGGGUAUGUGACGGGUACCGGGAUUGUGCAGAUGGCUCCGACGAGGAAGCCUGCCCCUCGCUUGCAAAUGUCACUGCUGUCUCCACCCCCACUCAGCUUGGGCGAUGUGACCGAUUUGAGUUUGAGUGCCACCAACCAAAGAAGUGCAUCCCCAACUGGAAGCGCUGUGAUGGCCACCGGGACUGCCAGGAUGGCCAGGAUGAGGACAACUGCCCCACACACAGCACCUUGACCUGUAUGAGCAGAGAGUUCAAGUGUGAGGAUGGUGAGGCCUGCAUUGUACUCUCGGAGCGCUGUGACGGCUUCCUGGACUGCUCGGAUGAGAGUGACGAGGCGGCCUGCAGUGAUGAGUUAACUGUAUACAAAGUACAGAAUCUUCAGUGGACAGCUGACUUCUCUGGGGAUGUAACUUUGACCUGGAUGAGGCCCAAAAAAAUGCCAUCUGCUUCUUGUGUAUAUACUGUCUACUACAGGGUGGUUGGAGAGAGCAUAUGGAAGACUCUGGAGACUCACAGCAACAAAACAAACACUGUGUUGAAAGUCUUGAAACCUGACACCACAUAUCAAGUUAAAGUACAGGUUCAAUGUCUGAGCAAGGCGCACAACACCAAUGACUUUGUGACCCUGCGGACUCCAGAAGGGUUGCCAGAUGCCCCUCGAAAUCUCCAGCUAUCACUCCACAGGGAAGCAGAAGGUGUGAUUGUUGGCCACUGGACUCCUCCCAUCCACACCCACGGUCUCAUUCGUGAGUACAUUGUAGAAUACAGCAGAAGUGGUUCUAAGAUGUGGGCCUCCCAGAGAGCUGCUAGUAACUCUACAGAAAUAAAGAACUUACUGGUCAACGUUCUGUACACCGUCAGAGUGGCUGCGGUGACUAGUCGUGGAAUAGGAAACUGGAGCGAUUCUAAAUCCAUUACCACCAUAAAAGGAAAAGUGAUUCCACCACCAGAUAUCCACAUUGACAGCUAUGGUGAGAAUUCUCUAAGCUUUACCCUGACCAUGGAUGGUGACAUCAAGGUGAAUGGCUAUGUGGUGAACCUUUUCUGGACAUUUGACGCCCACAAACAAGAGAAGAAAACCUUGAACUUCCGAGGGAGCAUACUGUCUCAUAAAGUUGGUAAUCUGACAGCUCAUACAUCCUACGAGAUUUCUGCUUGGGCCAAGACUGACUUGGGAGACAGUCCUCUGGCAUUUGAGCAUGUGGUAACCAGAGGGGUUCGCCCACCUGCUCCAAGCCUCAAAGCCAAGGCCAUCAACCAGACUGCAGUGGAAUGCUCUUGGACUGGCCCCAGGAAUGUGGUUUAUGGUAUCUUCUAUGCUACAUCCUUUCUUGACCUCUAUCGAAACCCGAAGAGCUUGACUACUUCACUCCAUAACAUGACAGUCAUCGUCAGUCAGGAUGAGCAGUAUUUGUUUCUGGUCCGGGUGGUGGUACCUUACCAAGGGCCAUCCUCUGACUAUGUUGUGGUGAAGAUGAUCCCAGACAGCAGGCUUCCACCCCGUCACCUGCAUGUGGUUCAUACAGGCAAAACCUCGGCUGUCAUCAAGUGGGAAUCACCAUACGACUCUCCUGACCAGGACUUGUUCUAUGCAAUUGCAGUUAAAGAUCUGAUAAGAAAGACUGACAGGAGCUACAAAGUAAAAUCCCGCAACAGUACCAUGGAGUACACCCUUAACAAGUUGGAACCUGGAGGGAAAUACCAUGUCAUUGUCCAGCUGGGGAACAUGAGCAAAGAUUCCAGCAUAAAAAUCACCACAGUUUCAUUAUCAGCACCUGAUGCCUUAAAAAUCAUAACAGAAAAUGAUCACGUUCUUCUGUUUUGGAAAAGUCUAGCUUUAAAGGAAAAGCAUUUUAAUGAAAGCAGGGGCUACGAGAUACAUAUGUUUGAUAGUGCCAUGAAUCUCACAGCUUACCUUGGGAAUACUACUGACAAUUUCUUUAAAAUUUCCAACCUGAAGAUGGGUCAUAAUUAUACUUUCACUGUCCAAGCACGAUGUCUUUUUGGCAGCCAGAUCUGUGGGGAGCCUGCUGUCCUACUGUAUGACGAGCUGGGGUCUGGGGGAGAUACUGCAGCCAUUCAGGCUACCAGAUCUACUGAUGUUGCUGCCGUGGUGGUUCCCAUCCUGUUCCUGAUACUGCUGAGCCUGGGGGUCGGCUUUGCCAUCCUGUACACAAAGCAUCGGAGGUUACAGAGCAGCUUCACUGCUUUUGCUAACAGCCACUACAGCUCGAGGCUGGGUUCAGCAAUCUUCUCCUCGGGGGAUGAUCUGGGGGAGGACGAUGAAGAUGCUCCUAUGAUUACUGGAUUUUCAGACGACGUCCCCAUGGUGAUAGCCUGAAACAGCUUUCCUCACUAGAAACCAAAUGGUGUAAAUAUUUUAUUUGAUAAAGAUAGCUGAUGGUUUAUUUUAAAAGAUGCACUUUGAGUUGCAAUAUGUUAUUUUUAUAUGGGCCCAAAACAACAACAAAAAAUUAAAAAAAAGGAAAGAAAGGAAUGAAUAAACUUUGUAGGGAUCAACUGUGAACUUCAAGCCAGGUUGAUUUUAGUAACCAAAUUGCUUUGAUUUGACAUUAAUGUAGUCUUACACGGCUGUGCUUGCUGGGCAUGCUUCUAAGUCUGUGAGAUUAUUUUGGUUCAAUAAAUUGGCCGUUCUUAUUAUUUUUCUAAGACACAGAAAUGUAUUUAAUAAAAAGUUCAAGAGAGAGUGAUGGGUGGAAUCCCUUCUCCUUGAGAGUGUGUUCAAAUUUUA